GGAAGUUUGGACCCUCCUGGAGGGAUUUUCGUGAUUAUGUAAAGGAGAUGAUGAGGGGGUUCAACUAGACUCUUGACAAGUGACAAAUCUUCCUCUUUGAAUUUGAUAGAUAUCAAAGUACUCAUAUUAAAAUAUACUUCUCUUCUGAACCGGAUUCAAUUUUCCAACGUCAUCGACGAGAUGUCAGUAAAACCAACAGACAUUACGAGUAGUCAGCAGGCAGAUAAGAGGGAAGAGGGAGGAUUGCUGAGCGGUAUCACUGGUAUGCUACCCACCAAGACUUGGGGCGUGGGAAACAUCGAGAAGGCGUACAGUCGUGCGGGAGCCUCAAAUCACCAUACGCCGGGCUCGGCAUCGAGGCUGGGAUCGCAGGAUCAAGGUGGUAAUGUACAUGAACAUCAGGGUGUAGGAAGUGCGAAGUUUGCGGAGCGUUUUAGCGACCAAAGGAGGGAGCCUACAGUGAUAGGAAAGAUGUUCAACAAUAUGAUCAAUGGGACGGAUAAGACGAAAUGAAGGACUUCUAUAUGAGAUGGUGUGCGGGUUGGAGCGAGAUAUGAGUCCAUGGCAGAUUCUCUUUCUUUCGGUCGAAGCUGUGGAAGCAGUUAUGGGUUGUAUCGAAUGGAGGGGAUCUAUACAUUGGUGUUGGAUGGGAAAGCAAGGGACAUCAUACAGAAAGAAAGAAAACACUCUUCAGCUCACAUCUGUUACAA